AUGAUUACUAAAAAGAGAAGACCAAGGUCAAGGUGGUCUGAGCUCCCUACAGAACUACUAGAGUUGAUCAUGAAAAAGCUUACUUCUGUGGACAUCCUUCGCUUUGAAGCUGUCUGUUCUUGUUGGAAUCAAGCUGCAAAAUCUUAUAUCUCUGCCCCAUAUUUCACACUCGACAUGCCUCAAACCCCAUGGCUUAUGAUUCCUGGUGGUGAAGAAAAUCAUGUCCAUACUCGCCGCUUCUUCAACCUCGCAGAGUUCAAGUACUACACUAUCAAUAACGCGUUUGGAGAUAUUCCUGAUGCCUGGUGUGUCGGUUCAUCACAUGGGUGGCUGGUCCUUACGGAGGAGAAAGGAACUGCUUGUCUUUUAAAUCCGUUUUCUGGGGAUAGGAUUGAACUCCCAUCAAUAUGGACACUGCAUCCAGUCAUAAGCAAGGAUUAUAUCGCCAAAGCUGUCACCUCCUCCAAGCCACCAUCGUCGUCAUCCUCGUCUUCCAGCAUGGAGACGACGCAUGGACUGGCUUCGGUCAGAAGCGUACUGUCUAUCAUGACGGUAUGUUCCACAGUACUAGUGGUCAUUUUUUUGCAUUGGCAACCGAUUGCUCAGUUGAGGUCUGGGACUUGA